GUGGUCCUGGAGUUUAAGUCGACAGGCUGAGGAGUACACACACGCGCGCUUAUUGCCAUAAGCUCUCAUUGGGACAUAUUGGAAUUGCUGUUGGAAGAAUCUUUCACCUUGGGACUUUAAUUUAAAAGAUUGGAGAUGCGUCUUUAUAUGAGGCACAUACUUUGGCUAUUUUGCGCAUGCUGUGUCAUCUCUGAAUAUGGAGAAGCCAUGGUGAUGAAGACCAAGACAAGAGGCCCAGUUCAAGCCUCUCUGGCCGGCAAAGCUCUCCUGUCGUGUCGCUUCUCCGCCACGCACUCCGCCAAGAGCACCGCUGACCACCUCCGAAUCAAGUGGACCAAGCUGGAGGGGGAUGUCGAGCAUAUCGUGUUGGUGGCUCAGAAUGGCAUCAUCAAGUUUGGUCAGUCAUACAUGAACAGGGUGUCAGUGCCAAGCAAUGCUGAGGAGGCAGGAGAUGCAUCUCUCACCAUAGAGCAACUCCGGGCCAGCGACGAGGGCAUGUAUCGCUGUGAGGUCAUGCACGGCAUCGAAGAUACACAGACCACCGUCUCCUUGGAUGUCAGUGGGGUUGUAUUUCACUACCGGGCGGGCACCAGUCGCUAUUCCCUCACUUUUGAGAAAGCCAAGGAGGCCUGCCAAAGUGUAGGGGCAACUAUUGCUACUGAGGGCCAACUGACGUCUGCCUUCCAGGACGGAUUUGACCACUGUGACGCUGGCUGGGUCGGAGACCAAACCGUUAGAUAUCCGAUCGUUACGCCAAGAGCAGGUUGCUAUGGAGAUAAAUUGGGGAAACCUGGCAUCAGAACAUAUGGAGUUCGAGAUGCCAGUGAAACGUACGAUGUGUACUGCUACGUGGGCAAGCUUCGAGGUGAGGUGUUCUACCCCCCCAGCACUCAGUUGACCUUCCAGAGAGCCCGGGCCCUGUGUGAGAGGCUGGGCGCCGAGCUGGCCUCCCCCGGCCACAUCCACGCCGCCUGGAGGGAGGGACUGGACCGCUGCGACUACAGCUGGCUCUCCGACGGCAGCGUGCGCUACCCCAUCUCGGUCCCCAGGUUCCAGUGCGGCCGCGGCACGCUCGGCGUCCGGACGCGCUACCGCUUCGCCAACCAGACCGGCUUCCCCCUGCCCACCGAGAAGUAUGGCGCCUUCUGCUUCAAAGCACAUGAGUACACCACCACUGUACCACCGCCAACUACAGACAGUCUCAUCACCGUUUCACCCAAGCACGGGGACGAAGAGGAAUCUCAGGCAUCGACCGUUGAACCACCCUCCAUGUUUUCCGCCACCAUGUCCGCCCCGGCCAGCAGAGUCUCUCCGGACGGGGGCGACACCACCCGCAUGCCUCCCUCCAAAGAUGCCACCGCCUCGGGCACCCCUGCCCCCACCACCCCCUUUGCUGACUACUCGGACGAGCAGAUGAGCAGGAUCCCCUUGGUCGAGUCCAUCCCCCUUCCUCUCCCUCCUCUCCCCCCCAAGAAGAAGCCCGGCCUGGACGUCGACCAAGAGGACCAAAGCAGCGGCUCUGAUGGCGGCAGUGGCGUGGAGGACGCUCAGCCUCUGGCCACGCCGGGAGCGCCGGUCAUCGUGUACAAGGAAGAAGGAAAGGGAACCGACCCCUCUGCUGGUGUGACCCACGCGCCCGACGGGAAGCCCGGCGACAAGGUCGAGCACAGCACCCGGGACACGGUGGUCAUCGCCGAGUCUGCUCCCACCGCCACAAAGGGCCCACACAUCCUGCUGCCCUCACUGACCGGUCUUGACAGCACAGAUCUUCAGACCGACGUCGGCCCCUCCAACCCACCAUUCCACCUCAUCAUCGUCAACGUGGAUCUCAAGAACCAGACGGCUGACGACAUUGUGAACCUCAUUGGCGGAAUCACAGGAGGGGACACCACGUUCCCUCUGAUAUCACCAGAUAGUAUGCACCCCACCACAGACAGUGAUUCUCUAACUGGCAGUGGUGAUGCCCCUGUAGCUGCUGCUGUCACCAUUAGCCCCACAUUGAGUUUCAUCAACGGCAAGCACGAAAUCACCAUCAAAUCAGAGGACAGGGACACCCAGGAAGCGAGAGGCGACCAGUUUGAGGUGGCCACUCCGCCCGGAGCCACCGCAGAUGGACUGGACAGCAGAGAGACCGAGACCACGACGCCCUUCGAUUACGUGAUCUUGGUGAGCACGGACGAGGGAGGCGAGACGUUCGGGGUCGACUCGGCGACAUCUUCUCCCGUCACAGCCCCGACCGGCACAACGCUGACCGGCCCCGACUCGGCUAGCCGAGAGACCACCGUGUCCGCGCAGCAGCCCGCGACGACACUGGACACCUCGGCGAGCAGCUCGACCGCCGCCGAGGUCGUGGAGGGAUCAGGGAGCCCCCCGACAGACGACGACGACGACGUUCACCGCGAAGGCUCAGGCGAAGACGCUCCUCCCGCCGCCGCCGCCACCACCGCGCGCAGCCCCGUCAGCGUGGCCACGGACGAGGCUGAGAUCGCCGAGGGCGGCAAGACCUCGGAGACGCUCGGCGCGCAGCCCUCCACGGCGAGCACGCUCAGCGUCGUCGUCGCUCAGACGGCCGCCCCCGGGGACCUCGGCAAGCCGACGCGCCCAGAGGACUACGAGGGCUCCUCGUCCGGCGACGAGGACGGCUCCGGCGCGGAAGGGUCCCCCUCAGAAGAGGACCAGCGCCCCACGUCGGUUCCCACGAUCACCGUGGUGUCUCGCGGCCCUGCGGACAGACCAGUGAGCGCCGGCGAACCCGGUCAAACCCAUCGCCCGGUCACCGGCACCGGCUCCCCGCUCGCGGUGCCCGACGUUGAGGUGACCGCGACGACCACAAAGGACGCGAUGGUGGAGGAGGGCGCCUCCGGAGACCACAAGCCCGAGGACGUUGACCAGGAGCUGGGCAGUGGCGAUCAGAAGGGCAGGGAGGAUGGCAAGGACGCCACCACAGAGAGUCCUUUGGCCAUUCCGGUGACCAUGCGUGGGGAAGGUGGCUCGGGGGACACAUCAUCUUCGUCCUCAUCUUCAUCUUCGGAAGAGUCGGUGACCGCCACUCUGACCACCGUGCUGCCUCCAUUGGGUCGUGUGACUGGAGAUGCUGCUGUGUCCGCCGCUGAUGACCGCAAGGAUGGGCAAACCACAGGACCUGCUGUUGUCUCUGUGGAGGCAGCUGAGGGCACAGAAAUCUCUUCUGUGGACACAUCUUCACUGUCCUCUCCCGUGACCUCUGGCCCAGGCGCCAAGGUCACUCCCCUCGCGGCUUCCACGGAGUCUAAAGAUCCCGCAGUGUCACGAGAGGUAGACGUGACCUCCAGUUCAGAAACCAAGGUCACUUCCCUCUCGACUUCCACGGAGUCUAAAGAUCCCGCAGCGUCACGAGAGGUAGACGAGGCCCAGCCGGCUGUGGUCACCAGCAAGCCUCUCACCACCGGUCCGUCCACCACAACCACGGCGAUUGCCACUACCCCGUUUGAAGAUUAUGACGACAUGACCGGUCCCGGUGAUGUAGAAGCUGGCCCCGGUAUUGUAGAAGCUGGCCCACCUCCACGAGACUGGCCAACCCCUGAGCCUGAGACAAACACCGGCCAUGUCGUCGAAGGGCAAACUGCCGACCUUCCAGCUCUUGUCCUGUGUCCUGAGAGUGACUGUGAAAAUGGAGGCACCUGCUACCUGCAGGGAAAAGUCAGCACCUGCCUCUGUGCUCCAGGAUUUGAGGGAGAUCGCUGCGAGAAAGACCUUGAUGAGUGCCAGUCAAACCCCUGUCUGAAUGGAGCCACCUGCUUAGAUGGUUCAAACUCCUACACCUGCGUCUGCCUGCCCAGCUACUCUGGUCCCAACUGUGAACAUGACACCGAGACCUGCGACUACGGCUGGAACAAGUUCCAGAGCCACUGCUACAAGUACUUCAGCCACCGCCGCACGUGGGACGCGGCCGAGAGGGAGUGUCGCCUGCAGGGGGCGCACUUGACCAGCGUCCUGUCCCAUGAGGAGCAGAACUUUGUCAACCGUUUGGGGCACGACUACCAAUGGAUUGGGCUGAACGAUAAGAUGUUUGAGCAGGACUUCCGCUGGACUGAUGGCAAGCCCAUGCAAUUUGAGAACUGGAGGCAGGGACAGCCUGACAGCUUCUUCUCGACCGGCGAGGACUGCGUGGUCAUGAUCUGGCACGAGGACGGCCAGUGGAACGAUGUUCCCUGCAACUAUCACCUGACCUUCACCUGCAAAAAGGGAACCGUGGCCUGCAAGCAGCCGCCCGUGGUGAAGGACGCGCGGGUGUUCGGCAGCAUGAAGGCGCGCUACGAGAUCAACGCCCUGGUGCGCUACCACUGCAAGGACGGCUUCAUCCAGAGGCACGUGCCCACCAUCCGGUGUCGAGCGGACGGGCGCUGGGACACUCCCAAGAUCACCUGCUUGAGCCCUUCCACGUACCACCAGGCCGUGUCCCAGAAAUACCAGUACAGCAACUUCCUCAGCGGCACCAAGAAGCGCCUCAACGACGUCAGGCAACGCCAGCGCUGGAACGCCCAGGACAUCAAGACGCGGCACUGAUUCCCCACUCCGCUCGCGGAACACCAAGAGAACACCGGAACGUGCCUGCGUCGCAACUACACAAGAAGCAGCCCCCCCACUAGGCUGCUAUGGACACACCCACAAUAAUAGUCUUGUAUGAAUGUUUUGAAUGAGUGUUUUUGAUGCCAUCGUGCGAACAUCAUCAGUCUUAAGGAGAUAGGACAGAGAGGACACCACUGAACUGUAGUUAUUGUCGUCUGACUAUGCAAUAAUAUGUUUUUUUAUUUCUGUGUUUUUUUAUACUGGGGUAGGGUUACCCCGUGGGAAUCAAAUGCAUAAGAGUUGUAAAAGGACGUGAAGCUUGUAAAUAGGCGAUCAUGCUUAUUCGAGGUCCAUUCGGUUUGCUUUCCGAGCUAGAGGAACUGGAGUUGUUGUUGUUGUCCUGUUUUGGCUCUUUUUGGUCCUUCAGUUUGAUUUCCCCAGUCAGCUGUUACUUUAGCUGACAUCCAUGACUCUAUUCGCGUUGAGACGGUGGGUCGUGAUUGGCGGGGAAGGGCAGACACUGAAGACAGGGAGGAGCUUAGAGCGUAGGGAAUCUAAUGACUGUACUGAUAUGAUUGUCUAUAUAGUAAGAGGCUCCUCUGCCGACUCCGAACAAGGGCAACCUCUCUGCUGAACAAGGACACUAUUGGCCUCCUGAGGAGGUAGUGGAGGAUGUAUCACAAGUGUCAUUUUUUUGCUUAUCAAGGUCAAAGUUAUAUUUACUGUAAUUAUUCUCCAGUAUUUACAAAAAUAUAACACCCAAAACCAUUGUAACUAGAAAUAUGAUAAAUAAGGGGGUUGUAUAUAUAGGUAGCCAUUCUUUUUUUUAAUGAAUGUUAUAACAGACAGAAAAUGCUGUAUGUGUGAUUGCGUCAGCCAGAGAUAUUUUCCACCAGACAAAAUUUAGACAAGACCUUAUAUGUUUAAUUUAUUGCAAAUGUUUUCUUAUAACAAUGAACUGUGAGAUUUAAGUCAAAAGAAUUAUUAUUAAAUAAAUGGAUGUAUUCCAGA